AUGACCACCUCCGAUAUAAUAACACGGGUCUGGGGCGGCGUUCUUCACGUCAAGUUCCAAUUGGACCCCGUGUUGGCCACCGAGGAAUGUCCGUUCUACUACGCCACGCUUUACCGCAACUCCUUCUUACACAGCUCGCUGGCAGACCUUGUUCAAUUUUACAAACCCCAUUUAAAAGACCCCAGUUUGGGAGAAACUCCCAAUUGGUGGUUCGAAUUUGAGAAAGUGCCUUUGAAAUGGAAUCUUCCAAUUGGCCUGCUCUACGAUCUCACAACCACAGACUCCCAGGCAGAGAAACAGGCCUGGGAACUCACCUUGCGAUACCAUGACUACCCCGUGGAGUACGUCAUACCCAUUGAGCCAAACACAAACUUCCUCAAGUCGUACUGGAUCAACCAGCUCAAAGAAGCAUGUUUCAUCCUCAAUGGCUCCAGCAAGCUCGUCAUGAACAUGUCCCGAACAGAAACAGACGAAUUCUACCAGGCCGCCAUCCACAAGGAGUCUGUACAGUACGAAACAGCAUUCAGACGAUUAUUGCCAUCCAACAUCUCCAGUUUGAAGAAUAUCCCAAUUAAAAUCUAUCUGCCUUUAUCUAACAAACUGAUCCAGCCCGUCAUCGCCAACGUGGGCCGCAAACUGACUCUCGGGAACCUGCUCCAGUCGCUCAUCCCAGACCUGUUCCCCUCGUCGCUCAUGUACACGGUGGCACACCCCGUGUCCCACGGCGUGGUUCUUCCCAUAGACUCUCCCGUCGUCGACCUGUACAUAUGCAUGAAGUCUCUGGACGCGUUUCUCCACAUCUCCAUUCGAAUGAUCCAGAAAUCAGACCUCGACUGA